AUGGUGGUUCUCUUUCUCGCAUUUGUGGGUCUUACGUUGCCAUUAACGGCGUUGCACGCGACACUUACGGGUUCGCACAUGCAGCUGUCUUGGUAUUGGAUGAAAGUAACAGCAGCGACACUCGUGGCCUUUACGCUGGCCACGCUCCUUGCAAGUGCUUUAGGCGCAUUGCUGGCGGUCGCUUUACAAAGCGUCAUCCCGACACUGACACAUGUCUGGGGCAUACCGUCGUCCGGUGCUACAGUGUCGUUUGGAUGUCCCAGGGAUGUGGCCAAUGGGUUCGUGGCGUUACAAAAUGACGGGAAACUUGUAUGCUCUGCAAACGGAACGACAUUCGUAUUAGACGAUAUGGCAAAGACGUUCGUGACAGCUUCGAAGACGCAGACGUUCUUGCAUAUUUCCGAACAGGUUGUACAAGUGACGGAGAGUCUUUUUCCAGCAAGUUUGGUCGACGCAUUCAUCGAUGGAAACGUGCUGAGUCUCGUGGUUGGAGGCCUUGUACUUGGUGUAGCGUUGACGGGGUCUUUUCUGGAAGAAAAACGAAAAGAAAGAGAUGAUGCAGUUGAUUGUCAUCCUUUUCACGAAGAAGAAUGCGAGCAAAAGCAGGAUUUGUUGAUACUGCAGCUGGUGACACAGGCAGAGGCCGUAGGCUGUCGUGCCCUUAGUUGGCUGCAGGCGUAUUUGCCUCUCAUUGCUGCCUUUAUGAUCAGUAGCGUAUUGCUUCAGACAUCGGCUUUUCCGUUUACUGUUGACAGUGGUGACACUGUGGUGGUCACUGCCGUCCUGGCGCUUCUAGCGGUGCUGCUUCUUGCUUUGGUUUUGGACGUGGUCGUGAUGAUUUUGUUGACCACAGUGCUUACCCGAUCGAACCCGUUCGCAUUCCUCGAGCAUCUUUUGCCUGCGCAACUACUCGCCUUAAGCUCCGGAUCGUCCAUCGUGGCGCUGCCAGCUACUGUUUCAGCCGUUGUAGCGAGCAGGCGCGUCUCACCUGCGCUUGCUUUCAUCGUGUGCUCUACGAGCACAGUGCUUAACCAGACGGGCGCUGCUCUUUACUUGUCAGCCAGCACGCUGUUUGUGCUGUCUGCAGCAGCCUUAGAUAUGUCUGAAGAUGAAGUGAUAGCGUCACAGUCGACAAGCAUUGUUGCCGCAAUGGUAUUUACGAAUGUACUCGUCACCAGUGUGAUUUCGCCACUACCGGGUGGAAGCAAGACAGCGGUGCUGGCAACAACUUUAAGCGCUGUCUUCGGGAUUUCGACCGGAUUAAGAGCUGUUUUAGUAGCUUUCUUGGCUGCACUGGAGUGGGUCACGGGUCCGUACAUAGCUUGUGUGAACAUUACGAACAAUGCGCUGAUUGUGCUGGUGAUUGCACAUUAUUUUGAGGGUCAAGUAGUAGCAGAGACUGAAGGUAAUGUAGACGAAGACGGUGCUGUGGCGCACGAAUCUUCUGUGCAAGCUCUACGCCAGGUACGAGUGCAGGAUAUGGCGGACGAGAAUUGGAUAUAG